AAACUAUUUCAUUUUCCAACGCCAAUGGCGUUCACAAGGAUGCUGGCCCCACGCCUUCUCCGCACGUUCCGAUCCGCCAGCGUCUCGCCAACCAACUGCUGCGUCUCCUCGCCGUGCGCCGCCGCGCAGUCCAGGGCGCUAAACCGCCCGACGGCGCCGAGCAACCUCUCCCCAGAUCCCGGCGAUGACGGCGUGUUCCGGCGGUACAUCCACAACCAAUCUGCGGCGGCGGGGGCAGCGUCCGCCGAUCCGCGGUUCCUUCCGACAGGGGAGAAGCUUCUGGAGAAGCUCCGGGGGAUGGGCAUUGCUAGGCAGAGGAUCCGGAUCGACUCUCUCAGGCCACCGCCUGGGGCGGAGGUGGAGAAGGAGCCACCGCUGCCGGAGGGAACGAUCACAGUGAAGGACGCCGUGAAGAUUCUAAGGGUUUCGCAGCUUGAGGCGGUGAGAUCUAGGCUCAGACGGAUCGAGAGGGACUGCAUUCCAUAUUCCGAAUUCGUGGAGAUUUGUGCUAAAGAUUGUUCGAGUGUUGAGCAGGGGAUAGAAUUUGCUACGAUGCUCGAUCAAUCGGGGAGUGUGAUUAUUCUCGGGAAAAUCGUGUUCCUCAGGCCUGAACAGGUGGUGAAAGCCAUACAAGGCCUAAUCCCUGUCACCACCCCACCCCACACCAUGGAUGACCCGAGCAUGCAGGAACUGCGUGAAUUGGAGAAAAGGAAAUCCGAAAUCGACAUCAAGGCAAAAUCGCUGGUCCAGCGUGAGCUAUGGUGUGGACUCGGGUACCUGAUUGUCCAAACGGCAGUCUUAAUGAGGUUGACCUUCUGGGAACUCUCGUGGGACGUGAUGGAGCCUAUCUGCUUCUCUUUGACCUCAUUUUAUUUCAUGGGUGGUUAUGCUUUCUUUCUGAGGACAUCAAAAGAGCCAACUUUUGAGGGAUUUUUUCAGAGCAGGUUUGGGGCCAAGCAGAAGAAGUUGAUGAAGGCUGAGAAGUUUGAUGCUGAAAGGUAUAAUGAGCUGAAGAAAGCUUACGCGUCCGCUAAGGAAACUGAUAAUGUCGUGUUUACUUCUUAUUCUUCUUCUCCAGUUGCGUAAUAAGUUUUUUGAUCAUGUUUGCAUAGAAAAAAGUGGAGAAAUGAUUAACAGAAAUUAGUUGUAUUUGUUAAACUUACAUGGAGAAGAAGAGUAUUUUUUUUUUUCUUAUAUUUGUGCCAAUUUAGACGUGUAACGGCUUUGUAUUAUAGUUUGUUGAGACAUUUUUGGACUGUGGCAUGAAAAUUUCAUUUGUAAACCUUUCUUUACCCUUUUCUCUUGAAUAUUUCAGGUUUACUUCUUCCUAA